CCAAUAGGCAUUCACUUCCUGUUUACGUUCCUAAAAAUGACGUCACGAGAAUAACGUUCAACUACCACUUUUAAGAAACCGAAACAGCCGGUAACUUGAGAAAACUCUCUCCAAAUACGGCUGGAUACCAACACGUCGAACUUUAGCGGAAUACCGGAACACCGGGGACAGCCGUCGACCUCCGGUGUCCGCUGUCCUGCUCGUAUUUCGGGACCGAAGGAAGCUAGCCGGGUUUAGCUAACUGCGGCCAACGUAAAGUAGCGUUAGGUAGCUUGGGAGCUAGCUAGCGAGUUAGCAACAGAAACCCAGCAGCACUUCAUCCCGAACAACGGGGUGCUAACAUCUGCUGCUAUGGAGAAUAAAUAUAACCUCAAGAGUCCAGCGGUGAAGAGGCUGAUGAAGGAGGCCGCGGAGCUGAGGGACCCCACGGAGCACUACCACGCCCAGCCGCUGGAGGAUAACCUCUUCGAGUGGCACUUCUCCGUCCGCGGGCCCCCGGACUCUGACUUCGACGGCGGCGUUUACCACGGCCGGAUCGUGCUUCCACCAGAGUACCCCAUGAAGCCCCCCAGCAUCAUCCUCCUCACGCCGAAUGGAAGAUUCGAGGUUGGCAAGAAGAUUUGUCUGAGCAUCUCUGGCCACCAUCCGGAGACCUGGCAGCCGUCCUGGAGCAUCCGAACGGCCCUCAUAGCGAUCAUCGGAUUCAUGCCCACCAAAGGAGAGGGGGCCAUCGGGUCCCUGGACUACACGCCGGAGGAGAGGAGGGCCCUGGCCAAAAAGUCCCAGGACUUCAGCUGUGAGGCGUGUGGCUGCUCCAUGCACUCCGCCCUCAUGGCGCUGACCCCCAACAGCAACCCCAGCGCAGAGGACCACGACGCCAAGGAGCUGGCCCAGCAGAUCAACUUCAAGGCGGACUCCAGCUCCUCCAGACAGGCGAGCGAGAGCGGCGGAGCGGAGGGCGAGACCUCGGCGCCCGACGAGGGAGGCGCCUCCACGCCGGCAGGCCCAGACGGGUCCGAUGAGCCGGCGGAGGCGCCUCCAUCCCCGGUUGUGGCGGAGGAGCCCCGCCCCCCCGCCGCCGCGACCCCCGCCGCCGGUCGCCCCCUCAGCCCGCGGCAGCGCCGCGCCCAGCAGCACAGCCAGCGGGCCCCCAGCAGGCCGGUGUUCCCCGCCGCCCCCCGCCCCCCCCUGCGGGACGGGAGCCACGCCGGCUCCGUGGUCCUCAUCGUGGUGCUCGCGCUGUUCCUGGCCGCGCUCAUCUUCCGCCGCGUCUACCUGGCCAACGAGUUCAAGUUCGACUACGAGCUGUGACCGCACAACACUCGCCGCCCCCCCCACCACCCUCCCUGCUUGCUGCCACCCAAACAGAACUAUGGUCAGCCGCCGUGGGACCAGGGGGGGGGGGGGAUCCUUCAUUCCUUCAACACAAUACCUGCGGGAUGUCUUUUAAUUAUACUCAGUUUGGUUCUUUUUAAUCUGGAAAUCUGCCUGUGAUCACAUGACACCCCCCCCCCAUGUAAAUGUCCCAAGGCUGCAACUUGCUCCCAUUAUUUAAUUACACCUGUAAUAUAAUAUGUCAACAAGUUUAGGGGGGGGGGUUAAUUAAGUCAUAGCUUAAUCAUGGAGGCGUCUGCACAGAGUGUGUGUGCGAUAAUGACUUCCUGUUUGGGCACGUCGGUCCCAACGUGGCUCUACUCCAACCGUGCAACCAGCUCUUUUGGUUCUUCUGGGGGG